UUCCCUCCAGAAGCCUCCGGGAGUGCAGCACCUCCUCCAGCUGCCAGAAGCAGCUCUCUCCCACCAUGAGAACUGUCCCUCUGCACCUGACCAGGACAGUAAGUCUUGGCCUUGGCUGCCUGCUCCUGCUUUCUCUCCGCCUGGACGCAGGCCAAGCCAAGGAGUUGAAGUUUGUGACAUUGGUGUUUCGGCACGGAGACCGAAGUCCCAUCGAUACCUUUCCUAAUGACCCCAUUAAGGAAUCCUCAUGGCCACAAGGAUUUGGCCAACUCACCCAGCGGGGCAUGGAACAGCAUUAUGAACUUGGAAGUUAUAUCAGGAGAAGAUACGGAAGAUUCUUGAAUGAUUCCUAUAAACAUGAUCAGGUUUAUAUUCGGAGCACAGAUGUCGACCGGACUUUGAUGAGUGCUAUGACAAACCUUGCAGCCCUGUUUCCCCCAGAAGGGAUCAGCAUCUGGAAUCCCAGCCUGCCCUGGCAGCCCAUCCCAGUGCACACAGUGUCACUCUCUGAAGAUCGGUUGCUCUACCUGCCUUUCAGGGACUGCCCUCGUUUUCAAGAACUCAAGAGCGAGACUUUGCAAUCUGAGGAAUUCCAGAAGAGGCUUCAUCCAUAUAAAAGCUUCAUAGAAACCUUGCCAUCACUGUCAGGAUUCCCUGGCCAGGAUCUUUUUGGGAUUUGGAGUAAAGUUUAUGACCCUUUAUACUGUGAGGGUGUUCACAAUUUCACCUUGCCCUCCUGGGCCACCAAGGAUGUCAUGACUAAGUUGAGAGAGUUAUCAGAAUUAUCUCUGCUAUCUCUUUAUGGAAUUCACAAGCAGAAAGAGAAAUCUAGACUCCAGGGGGGUGUGCUGGUCAAAGAAAUCCUCAAGAACAUGAAGACUGCCACUCAGCCACACAAGUACAGAAAAUUUGUCAUGUAUUCUGCACACGACACUACUGUGAGUGGCCUGCAGAUGGCGCUAGAUGUUUAUAAUGGACUUCUACCACCCUAUGCUUCUUGCCACAUAAUGGAAUUGUACCAAGAAGAGGGGGAACAUUUUGUGGAGAUGUACUAUCGGAAUGAGACCCAGCACGAGCCCUACCCACUCACGCUGCCGGGCUGCACCCACAGUUGCCCUCUGGAGAAGUUUGCAGAGCUACUGGACCCCGUGAUCCCCGAGGACUGGUCCACGGAGUGUAUGGGAACAAGCAAUCACCAAGUCCUGAGGGUCAUCCUUGCCAUUACCUUUUGCCUGGUAUCUGGCAUCCUAGUGAUACUGCUGUUUACCCUCAUCCGCCACGGGCCCUGCUGGCAGAGAGACGUGUAUCGGAACAUCUGAACAGACGGCUGACCUCCAGUGACAAGACCUCUCGGUUGGAGUAGCUGCCUUUGAAGACUCAGUAGUGGCUAGUGGCUCCCAGAAGAAAGAGUUCUGACUCAGGCCAUUAGAGGAUAGCCUUUUUAAAGCAGAGAAAACACAUUCUUUAUUUGUAAAAUACACUUUGGGUUAUUGUGACAAAAUAGACAUUAUCUUUAGGGCUGGAACACAGCUCACUGAUGAAGUGCUUGCCUGCCAAAGGCAAGCCCCCAGUUCCAUCUCCUGUGCCACAAUAAAGUCAAUAAAACAAAUA